GAAUCUUAGUGUGAAUGAGCUAGAUAUGAGCAGCAGCACUGAUGGCAAGGUCAGCACAAAGCUCAUGUUAUACAAAAAAGUUCGAUUUCAAAUUUAGUUGAUUAUUAAAAUUGGCGAAAUUCAGUCGCAAAUUAGUAGGUUAUCAUGAUUUUCUAAAAAAAAAACACACAAAUCUUUCGCUUUUUGGUUGAAUUUUUUUUUCUUUUGAUUAAACUAUCAAUUGAAACAAAUACCAAACAAAAAAUAGUUGACCAAAAUCGAGUAUUCAAGACAAAAACAAAGACAAAAAUUACAAUCUAAACAUAAAAGUGAGAAAAUUUCAAAGAAUUCCAGUUUGAAGAUUUCAUAAGUUUUCUUUUACGAUUGGUGAAAAGUGUAUUUUGUUUGACAAGUUCGAAAGAUUCUUUUUUUUUUCUUCAUUAUAUCCGGUUUGCAGCCGAAGACUGUGCUACAGUGACGUUCAUCUUUACCAGAUCAAUUCAUUAGUGUGAAGUGAAUUCGAGCAAUCGCAUCAAUUCAGUUCAGCCAAGACAAUCAACCACUUCGUUUUUCUUUCGAAGUACAAACGCUACGGGGCAACAACAAAAUCAAAAAAAUCUACAGAAAUGGCACUCUACGAUAACAAAUUUAUGGAGUAUUACAACUACAUAUUCACCGACUUGGCAGAUACACGGACCAAUGAUUGGCCACUGAUUUCAUCACCUGUGCCCGGUCUCACCAUCCUAGCCGCCUAUUUAUACUUUGUACUGUCAUGGGGUCCACGAUACAUGGCCAACCGAAAACCAUUCAAAUUGGAACGAACCCUCCUCGUGUACAAUUUCAUUCAAGUGAUUGUUAGCAUCUACAUUUUCUACGAGGGCGCAUUCCAUGGAUGGUUUAAUCAUUACAGUUGGAAAUGUCAGCCGGUGAACACCUCAACUGGACCAGAUGGUAUCCGGGAGGCACGUGGUGUUUAUCUUUACUUCUUGGCCAAAAUUUCCGAACUUUUGGAUACCGUAUUCUUUGUGGUGCGUAAAAAGGAGCGACAAAUCUCAUUUUUGCACUUGUACCAUCACACCGUAAUGCCAAUGAUUUCAUGGGGUGCUACCAAAUACUAUCCAGGCGGACACGGAACAUUCAUUGGUACUAUUAACUCAUUCGUACAUAUUAUUAUGUAUGCUUACUACUUGUUGUCGGCGCUCGGACCACAAAUGCAAAAAUACCUCUGGUGGAAGAAACACAUCACAUCGAUGCAAAUGAUCCAAUUCUGCAUGGCUUUCUUGCACUCAUCCCAAUUGUUGUGGAAUGACUGUGGCUACCCAAGAUGGUCAGUCUGUUUCACAAUGCCAAAUGCUAUCUUCUUCUACUUUUUGUUCAACAAUUUCUACCAAAAAUCAUACAAAGGAGACGAAGGCGUCAAAUGUGAAAAGGCAAAACAAAAAGCUCUGAAUGACAACAACAACAACGAUAGCAACAACAAUGAAAACAGCAAAAAUAAAGACUUAGACAAAAAACAAAGCUAAUUUAACUAGUACAGUGGACGACAAAAAUGUUUUCAAAAUAAAAUUCAAAGAAGUAGAGAAAAACCACAUAAGAAAAUGCAAAAAAAAAGAAUGAAGAUAAUAAGUAGACGACCGAAGAAAAGAAAAAGAAUGAAAACAAAUUAUUUAUAAUGUGGACUGUUUUAACUUCACAUACAAAAAUAAUCGAUAAAAUUAGAUUCACACACUAUGGCAAACUGUUCUUUUAUUGUAUUUGUCAGCAAUGAACAAUUUACUUGUAAGUAGGAUAUCAAAACAUAUGCAGCAUGAGGGAUAAAAUGUUCAAGUUCAUGGAAACAUAAUUUUAUGACACAUGAUCAAAAUUAAAUGGUGUUAUUAUUAAGUAGAUGAAAUUGAAAUGAUGAUAAUGCAAUUCGUUUUUUUUUCAUUGUACGAUUGUUAAUAGAUUAAAUUCUUUUUGUAACAUGUGUACUCAUAUAGCACCGAAUCAUUGAUCGACCUUUAAAAGUUUACUUCCGUUGUGUGCAAUUUAUUCUUGUGUUCCGCUUUGUAGAACAGAAAUGAAAAGAAGAAAAAAUGGCAAAAUUACGAUUUUGUACAAGCUCGUGCGAAAAUAAGAGUCGAUCGAUGGGUCGUUGCGAUGUAUGUGGAACCCAAAUUUCCAUUUCUUUUAUAAUGAAGUAGUCUAUAAUAAUCACAUCGAUGAUGUAACUGAGAUUCGGUUUCUAGUAGACAUAUACACAACAAACAAAUAUUGCGUAAUAAAAACGAAAUGAUACUUAUAUUCUAGUAUGUCAGAACCAUUAAAUGUGCAUACAGCAAUUGUGUUCGUUAUUAAAUAUAUAUACACAUAUAUGAAGUAA